AUGAAUUUCGAAGAAAUCAAAAAACACGACAAGCGUAACGAUCUUUAUGUAGUCAUUCAUAACAAAGUUUAUGACAUCACUGCGUUCCUGAGCGAGCAUCCUGGUGGUGAAGAAGUCCUAUUGGAUGAAGGGGGUAGAGACGCCACAGAGUCAUUCGAGGAUAUUGGCCACUCGGAUGAUGCGCGUGAACUCUUGAAGAAAUACCUCGUUGGCGAACUGGAUGAAAAGGUCAGCCGAAGUAUAGCCACUUACUAG